UGUCGCGAUCUAAUCGGCCUCUGCUCAAUAAAGUUAGACUCAUCUGAAGGCACACCGAGUGACAAUUUGCCCGUCGAUCCUUCUCGGCGCGGUGGUGUCCUAGGGUUUCUCAGUCGGAGGGAAGGAGACGGCGAGUGGGACGAGAUCUCAGUUCUUGUCGUCGGAAGCAUUGUGCAGGUGUCUGCUAGGUCUGUCACCCCGCGCUGGCCGGGGGAUCUAGGGAGGAUCGGCGACAAUGAGUAGUUUGGUGGAGCGACUCCGAGUGAGGUCCGAGAAGCGGCCUCUCUAUAACCUUGACGAGUCCGACGACGACGAUUUCGUCGUCUCCAAGGCAUUGAAGAGAAAGCUGGAGGAGAAACCGGCCGAAAAGUUUAAGAGGGUUGACGCGAAAGAAGAUUCAUGCCAAUUUUGUGGGGCCAGUGAGAGCCUCAUUAACUGUACUACAUGUACCUAUGCUUUUCACAAAGGGUGCUUAUACCCUUCUUCCAGAGCACUUUUAGGUGAUACAUGGAGCUGUCCUGAAUGUGUGAGCCCCUUAACUGAAGUUGAAAAGAUUUUAGAUUGUGAAAUGCGCCCAACAAUGGCGGAUAAGAAUGAUUCUACCAAGUUUUUUUCAAGUCAGACUAAAGUCAAACAAUAUCUUGUUAAAUGGAAAGGGUUUUCAUACCUUCAUUGCACUUGGGUUCCCGAGAAAGAAUUUAUAAAAGCUGCCAAGACUCAUCCUCGAUUGAAGAGUAGGUUAAACACUUUCCACAAACAAAUGGAAACAUUGAAUAAGUCAGAUGAUGAUUGGGUGGCUAUUCGUCCCGAGUGGACCACUGUCGACAGAGUCCUUGCUAGCAGGAAUACUGGUGAUGAGCGUGAAUAUUUUGUAAAAUGGAAAGAACUUGCUUAUGAUGAGUGUACAUGGGAAGUGGGGUCUGAUAUUUCCACCUUCAAGCCUGAUAUCGAAAGAUAUGAAAUGAUUCAAUCGAGACGUCCAAAGAAAUCCCGCAGUAAGAGUAAAAGUCUUAACCCCAAUUUGGAGUUGAAGCAAAAACAGAAAGACUUUCAACAAUAUGAUGCCACUCCAGAAUUUCUUUCCGGUAAAUUGCAUCCAUAUCAACUUGAGGGCUUGAAUUUCCUGAGGUUUUCAUGGUCUAAAAGUACACAUGUCAUCCUUGCUGAUGAGAUGGGUCUUGGAAAGACCAUACAAAGCAUUGCCUUUUUAGCUUCUUUGUUUGAAGAGAACAUCUCUCCUUAUUUAGUGGUUGCACCACUAUCAACGCUGCGCAACUGGGAGCGUGAGUUUGCAACCUGGGCUCCACAUAUGAAUGUUGUGAGUCUUGAACAACAACUGUGA